UCUGUCUAAUACGAUAUUCUUGUCCCAUCUUGUCUCGCUAUGUAUAAACACAGAGGGCAGUGUUCUCUGACAAUAGCGGUGAACCGCUACAGUAUAUGCCCAUGUCUUAGUGGAAAGGAGCUGUAGUUUAAGCUGUUUGUCGUGGUAGUAAGCUCUCUUUACAUAUAUUUGUAGAAUGCACACACACACACAAAAGAAAAAGUAAAUGUAUAUACACAUUUGGGGAAAAAAUAUAUGUGUAAUCUAACGCCAUAUUUUAAUACAAAUUACAAUAAACUGAAUAAACAAUUACAUACAUUAAUAUAUAAAUACAAUAUUUAAUGUGAAACCGACUAACCUCUCUGUUUUAAGCAUGGUAAAUGUUAAUUAAAAUUAUUUUGAUAAAAAUAUAAAUUAAUUUAUAGUCAUAAAGAAAAUAAUAUUUCCUUAAUAAAUAAAUAAAAGACGUAUUAUGUUCACAGUGAACAGUCGAACAACAAAACAUAUAUUUAAUUUAUAUGAAAUUUAAAUGCUUAAGGAUACAAAAGGAAAAAAAUAAUAAUAAGUAGGUAAGGCCUUGACCUUUUGUAGAACAGCUUUGGUCACUUAAUUCACUCGAUAUUUAAGGCAAAAGAAAUAUGCUCCCAAAAAUGAAAUCAUUCAAAAUGAUUGCAAAGGGCAUACAUUGAAUAUCAUAAAGGCCUAAAAUGUCAUUCGUUCAAGAGUACACACUAAAAUCUCCCAUCUAAAAUCCUACCUUCUUUACUUAUAGAAUUUUCUGCUGAAUCUUAUUUUAUCUAUCUGUCUGUCUAUGUCUGGGGGGAUCACCUAGGCCUAUAUACAAAUGAAUCAUCAAGCAAAUUCGCCGGCGGUUAUAGCCUUUUGGAAGUCUCUACAUUAUAACUAGUUAUUGAGCUGGUGCAGGAUCUGAGGCCAUUUAUGUGCAGAGGGAAUUCAUCGCUUUUCUCUCAUCAAUAACUCCUUGGCAGUGAACUAUUGGAACGAGUCGAACGCGAGGGGUGAAAUGCGGGUCAGGCUGUCUAACUAAUAUUAAAAUGCGUCCGCAACACCAGAGCGGUGCAGAGUGGGUGGAUGGGGGCGUUUUCAGGCCUGUGGGGGUGGACAAAAAAAUCCCUAUAACAUCUGUAGGGUCUCGAAGUAAAAUAAAAGACUUGAGUUAAGGCAAAAUGGCUGUUUCCGAGCAUUUAAUUUGUUAAAGAGUUAUGUGCUGUCUGUUUGUUUGGUUUCGAUUUUAGGGAAUUUUUAAAAAAAUAAUUUCUUAUUUUUCUCUGCUUAGUUGAAAACUGGAUUUGAAAAUUGAUUGAAGAUUUGUUGCUUACAUAUAGCCUAUAUUGUUUCUAAAAAGUUUAAUUUCUUUACUGUUUUUAUAAUUUUCUUUGCUGGCUGUAUUUCCUUAUUUGUUUCGUAUCUGUUCCUGUUUCUAAACUGGAGAGAGAAUUGCAGGGCAGGGUUUUGCAGGUUAUCGGGCGGUCAUAUGGUAAUAACGUGCACAAUAAACCCCAAGGAACAAAAGAAACUUAUUUUUCAUCAGUGCUGUCACGUGUCCGCUUUGUCCACAACAUGUUUGAGACGGAAUAUUCAAGUGGGUGCUACGAUUUCGAGAUUUAGUAGAAUUUGAUAGUAAAAUUAUUUAUCGUUUUAUUUCAUCCAGGCACUGUUUCUUUUAUGUUCUACAUUUUAUUUACUCAACCCAUUGGGGUUUUGAAACGUGAUGUGGAAAUUAUCAGAAAAAAAGGCACAAAUCGUCAAAACACAUUUAAACGAAUAAAUAUUUUUGUAAGGAAAUUAUUUUGUAACGUGAACAUUUUUUUUAAUGGAACAAUGUGUUUGAUGAGUACAUGAGAUUCAAGUGAAAAGGCUAAUAAAUUGUAUAAACAAACAAACAAUAUAGGCUAAAUAAAUAAAUAAAUAUGAUUCUAAAUAAAUAAAAGCAUUUCCAAAUCAGUCUUUUAAAAAAGUUGUUGUUGGUCUCACUCCUAAUUGUUGGGUCUUAUUGCGAUAUUCUUUUUCAAGCUAUUGAAAAAAAAACACGAAAAAUACAUUACAUUAAGCAAAAAAAAAAAGCAAUUAAAAUAGUAAUUAUUGCGUUUAUUUUUUUUAUGUUAUGACAAAUAAAUAUUACUUAAAAAAUAUUGUAGGCCUACUAGUUCUGACCCUAGACCGAUUAAUUCUGACCAAAUAUAUUUUAGAUGCCAAACAGAAUCCUCUCCACAUAAUGUUUUAACCCUAUUCGAGAUGUUGAAAUUUUUCAUAGUCUAACUUGACUUAUUUCAUAGCUACGUUGAGUUCUUUUUUUUUAACUUUCAGUCGAAGAAAGGCCUGUCAGUAGUCGUCUAUAUGUACCCUGUAGAACCGAAUUUGUGUCCAAAACAUGAAAAUCGCAAGUACGUCUCUACAGGAAUACAUGGGCGAUGUAAAAUCCACGAUAGCCAAGUUGGGUUUGUAUUCGUCUCGAUUAGAGAAGCACGUGACUUUGCAUGGAAGUCUCGUGUGCUUACUACAAUAAGCAGAUGAGUUUGAAUGAACAGACCUACUACAUGAAGACAUAAACUUUCUUAGCUUAACUUGUGCAAGACAUAAAAGCGGAAAUAUGAUGUAUGCCGUCGCUGUAAACGGUUGUUUUAAAGCUGUCAUACCUUAAUUAAACACCAAAUAUUUUUCAAUCUCCAUAUUUUGUCUAAAGUCGACGAAUCGUAUACUUAAACUGUAUAAGCAUAAUAUCUAACGUAUUGUUAGGCUAUUUGGUUCUAAUAUUAACUGUAGACUAGCUUCUAUAAAUAAUAGGAAUAAAGACAUAUGUGCCAAUUACCAAGGAAAUUUGCUUUGCACUGGCACAGACUGGUUAGAGGUAAGUUAAAAUGUUAAUACUAAAAUAUUUGUUUGCCUGCAUGUUGAGUAACUUGCUGUAAUAAAAAAGCAUGGUAAAAUAGCACUGGAUAUUGUAGUAGGCUAAAAUUAUUAACCGUAUUGUAGUAGGCUAUAUUUGAUCCGUUACUGAAGCUUAAAUGUGAUAGAUUGUUUUUUAUUAAUUUAUUUUUAACAGUGUAAUUAGCGAAAAUAUUUUUGGUAACAGCACAUGCACAAGUUAACUGAGAAACAUCCCUAGGUGCUGUGGCAUGAUCUGAGAAGAUUUGGCCAUUGUGUAUGAGUGUGUGAGAGAGCGAGAGAGGGGGGAGUGCGAGAGAGAGAGAGAGAGAGGGAGAGAGAGAGAGAGAUGGAUAGAGAGACUCUAAGACUUCGCGGACAAUGGCGGAAAAUUGAAGGUAUAUUUGCGAAAGCCGUGGUUCCUUAUCCGGGGACUACAUCGCCCCAUGCCAUUGGGCCAUCGUAUCACGUGGUAAAAGUAACUUUACAGGGUUGCUCGCUAGUAGGAGGGCUUUAUGGAGCAGAAAAACGACAAAGCUAGAAAAAUUAUUUUCCACUCCAGAAAUUAAUGAUCAUGAGCUCGUAUUUGAUGGACUCUAACUACAUCGAUCCGAAAUUUCCUCCUUGCGAGGAAUAUUCGCAAAAUAGCUACAUUCCCGAACACAGCCCCGAAUAUUACAGCCGUGCAAGGGACAGUGGCUACCAGCAUCACCACCAGGAGUUAUACCCUCCGCGGGCAAGCUACCAGGAGCGUCAGUAUAACUGUGCAAGCAUCCCUGAGCCUGAUACUCAAAGAGGACAUGGACUGCCUCACGCGGGGCACCUGCUCGGAAAAGGGCAAUCUGCCUCAUGUGAGCCCCCACCGUUACCCCUGUCUCCUGCCACCCCUCCGGCUGCAUCGUCCGCCUGCAAUCAAGCCACCCCGGAGCAUCCCAACAGCUCAGCUUCUGCCAAACAACCCGUAGUGUACCCCUGGAUGAAGAAAAUUCACGUCAGCACCGUGAACUCUAGUUACAAUGGAGCGGAACCCAAGCGGUCUAGAACUGCUUACACUCGCCAGCAAGUCUUAGAAUUGGAGAAGGAAUUCCACUAUAAUCGGUACUUAACACGGCGAAGACGUAUCGAGAUUGCUCAUUCCUUGGUCCUCUCGGAGAGGCAAAUCAAAAUUUGGUUUCAGAACCGCAGGAUGAAGUGGAAAAAAGACCAUAGGCUUCCAAACACCAAAGUCAGAUCCUCUUCCUCCACGGGCAUUUCCUCCGGGUCCAACACAAGCUCAGCGGCUGGCGUUGUGGCGGCAGCUUCCACCACUAACACCAUGUCAGCCUCCGAGGACCUCUCCGGAAGCGAGCGUGGCGAGGAUAUUACAAGGAGAGCAGUUCUGCAUGGAGACAACAUGCUGAAGAAAAUUCAUCAAAACAUUAUGAAGGCCAUAUGUGGAACUUUCAAAAACUCUCUCAACCUCCUAUUCAUUCUCUGCUGGUGUCAACCAGUCCACGAAUGAAACGACGAACUCAUUGGACCAGGCGAAUGCAAAGGAAAGAGAUGAAGGGUGCAAGCAGUCAACUUCCUGCUUUCCACCAAAGUAGCCUUGGAUGAGAGAAACACAUACACCUAUAAACUUCAGCUCCAUUAACAUCAUGGAAUUAGUUGAUUCCAGGUACAGCAGUGGUGAAGUACAGGAUAGCAGCUGUUCCAACAGUGAACGGGCAUAUGCAGCAUUCACCUCGUCCCAGCUGCUCGAGCUGGAGAAGGAGUUUCACUUCAGCGCUUACCUGUGCCACAACUGGAGGCUUGAAAUGGCUGCCUUGCUGAAGCUCACUGAGUGCCAGAUUAAAAUCUGGUUCCAAAACCAUUGUAUGAAGUAUAAGAAAGUUCACAAAGAAAAGUCAAUGGCAAAGUCCUCUUACUCCUAC